CACUGAGGCUUGGGUGUCCAUGGUCACUUAGCUAGUAAGUGCUGAAGCCGGAAGUCAAACCCAAACCUGACUCUGGUUCAGAGCUUUUGCCCACCGAGCUAUGUUGGGAGAAGACCCCCUCCUUGGGAGGCCUGUAACCAUGGGACCCGAGGAGAGCACUGUGGAAGCUCCGCCUUCAGACGCCAUCAGUGGACUGAAGGCAACAGAUCUCCAGAGGUGCCUAGAAAAGAAGUAGGCAGCCUUUUCUGCGUUAUCCUGGCUCCCCAGCUUAGCACCCCCAAGCUGGCUCCCCCUCCCUUUCCCAUCCCCCUGCUCCCCCUCUCCCUUCCCUAUGCACCCAACUGAACGAAGUGGAUGCCAAAGCUCCCUUCCCUCCUUUCUCCUGGACACUCACUGGCCAGGGCCUAUUUUCUCCUAUUCUGUGCCCAAAGAUACUCAAACGGCCUUCAUCUAAGUAACUGGGGGACGGGUCCUUCUGACUCCACGGGUCCUUGAGCAAAAGCUGAGUAAGAAGCAGGGAGACGGGGAGCUGCGGUGAAGCGUCCCCAAAGCCCCGUCAUGGAAGAGGGCUUCCGAGACCGGGCAGCUUUCAUCCGUGGGGCCAAAGACAUUGCCAAGGAAGUCAAGAAGCAUGCGGCCAAGAAGGUGGUGAAGGGCCUGGACAGAGUCCAGGACGAAUAUUCCCGAAGAUCCUACUCCCGCUUUGAGGAGGAUGACGAUGAUGAUGACUUCCCUGCCCCCGCUGAUGGCUAUUACCGUGGGGAAGGGACCCAGGACGAGGAGGAAGGGGGCGCAUCCAGCGAUGCCACUGAGGGCCACGAUGAGGAUGAUGAGAUCUACGAGGGGGAAUAUCAGGGCAUCCCCCGGGCAGAGUCUGGGGGCAAAGGCGAGCAGAUGACAGAUGGGGCCCCCCUGGCUGGAGUGAGGGGGGGCCUGGAUGAUGGGGAGGGUCCCCCCCGGAGGCCGGGGGGAGGCACAACGGAGGAAAGAACGGGAAGAACUGGCCCAGCAGUAUGAAGCCAUCCUCCGGGAGUGUGGCCACGGCCGCUUCCAGUGGACACUCUACUUUGUACUGGGUCUGGCGCUGAUGGCUGACGGCGUCGAGGUCUUUGUGGUAGGCUUCGUGCUGCCCAGUGCGGAGAAGGACAUGUGCCUGUCUGACUCCAACAAAGGCAU